GCAUGGUUCUGCAGAGAAGUUAAUUUUAAAGAUGAUUUAGUGCAUCCAAGAGCUUCUACGAGUAAAGGCCUCAAGAUCUAUAAACAAAAUCAAUCGGUAAUUGUUGCAUUGCUGAUGCCGUGUAACAUCCUAUAGGUCUAUGAAGCAUGGUUCGGUAGAGAUCUACAUACUAUCCAAAAACAAUCUAGAUCAUCCUAGAACUUCUGCAAGUAAAAGCCUUAAGGUCUACACGUAUUAAAAUAAAAUGUUGUCACAUAACUGAUGCGGUGAAACAUCCUUAAAGUCCUUGGCGCAAGAUUCCGUUAACGUGUUCUAGGUCAUCCAGAACUUCCGCAAGUAAACGCCUGAAUCUACUAGCGUAAUUAAUCAAUUGCUUUUACAUUACUUAUACGGUGUAACAUCAUACAGAUUUAUGGAGCACAGUUCUAUAGAGAAGUUAUUUUCAAAUAUUUUAUAGGUAAUCCAAGAUCUUUCGCGAGUAAAGGCCUUAAGAUCAAUAAGCAUAACCAAUGGAGUUUUGUUGCAUUACUGAUCUUGUGUAACGUCCUACAGGUCCAUGGAAGACAGUUCUGUAGAGUCUUGAUUUCCAAGAAUGCUUUAGGUCUUCCAAGUACUCUUGCGUAUAUAGACCUUAACGAACAACUAUCGACAGUAACAUCACGCGUGUGAUGUAUGUAAUAAACUUUAUUUUUAAUCACGGAUUAUCACUGCACGAUAUGCAGGCAUUGGGAUUAAAAUUAUUGCAAAAAUGCAUUUGGAGAUUUAUUAUGGGGGAAACGUUAUUUUCGGGCGAGUGAUUUAUUGGCCGAAAGAAAUUCGAGCGUUUAUUAUUCAGGUAUUUGAAAUUCGGACGAAUGGCAUUCGAGUUUUGUUUCCAAAGCAUCUCACUUUUGGAGUAUAAUGGGGUACUUACAUUUAUGUUUUGUAGCGACCAAACCCAAACAGAAAUUACCCAAUCAUCUCUCUUUUGAAUUCUUUAUCAAUGCGCAAAAAUAAGUCCGAAGUUGACCAAAGUUCAUAACUGUCGCAGUUGACAACCAGUAAUCCUCAGGGAUGUUGCAUCGCAUCAGUAAUGAAACAACAAUUCAUUGAUUACGCUUAGAAAUCCUAAGGGUUUUUUUCACGGAAGUUCUUGGGAAACAUAGAAUAUCUUUGGAAAUUAGUUCAUUAUACAACAAUUCUCCAUGGACCUGUAGAAUCUUGCACAGCAUCAAUAAUAUAAUAAAAAUCCACAUAUUACCCUUGUAGAUCUUAAGGCCUCUACUCGCGGAAGUUCUUGGAGGACUUAGAAUAUCUUUGGAGAUUUGUUCUCUUCAGUUCUUUUAUGAUCCUGCACCGUAUAGGUAGUUUAACAACAAGACACCGAAUACGCUAGCAAGAUGAGCUGCAGUGAAACCUUUGGUCCAAUCCUUACCCUGUCCAUCCCUCAAAAUGUGAUCUUCUAUUCUAGAGCUGCCACGAGCACCCUGGCUUCCACACAUCACUAACAGAUAUCAUUAAAAAGUUAUUACUCUGUACAAUGUAUACUAUUAAGUACAAAGAAAGAUCCUCGGCUCCGUAAAGCGUUAUACGCGGUUGAGCUCCAAAUAAAUGAACUAGAUAAGAAAGUAGUGUAACAACAUUCCAUUGAUUAUGCUUGUAGAUCUUCAGGCUUUUACUCAUGGAAGUUCUUGGAGUACCUAGAAGAUGUUCGGCAAUUAUUUCUCAACAGAACUAUGCUCCCUGGACCUGAAGGACGCUACACUGUAUCAGUAGUGUUGCAACAAACCAUUGAUAACGGUGGUAGAUCUUCAGGUCUUUAUUCGUGGAAGUUCUUAGAGGACCUAGAACAUCUAUGGAAAUUAGAUCCUUACAGAAAAAUGUUCAUGGACCUGUAGCAUGUUACAACGUAUUAGAAAUGUAACAACAAUCCAUUGAUUACGCUUGUAAAUCUUAAGGCCUUUACUCGUGGAAGUUCUUGGAGGUCCUAGAUCAUCUUCGGAAAUUAUUUCUCUACACAACUAUGCUUCCUGGACCUGUAUGACGCUACACUGUAUUAGUAAUGUGACAACAAACCAUUGAUAACGCUGGUAGAUGUUCAGGUCUUUACUCAUGGAAGUUCUUGGAGGUCCUAGAUCAUCUUUGGAAAUUAUUUCUCUACAGAAUUAGGCUCCCUGGACCUGUAGGACGCUACACCCUUUUUUAGGAGUGACAAUAAACCAUUGAUAACGCUUGUAGAUAUUCAGGUCUUUACUCAUGGAAGUUCUUGGAAGACCUAGAACACCUGCGGAAAUUAUUUCUAUACAGAAAAAUGGUUCAUGGACCUGUAGCAUUCUUCAACGUAUUAGAAAUGUAACAACAAUCCAUUGAUUACGCUUGUAGAUCUUAAGGCCGUUACUCGCGGAAGUUCUUGGAGGUCCUAGAUCAUCUUUGGAAAUUAUUUCUCUACAGAACUAUUGUUGCUGCCAGCACUGCCACUUCACCGACCAAUGUUGACACUUCUGUUGAGAGGUAUUGUCAAAUGCGAUAAAGAGUAAUGUUAAGGGAGAAGAGAAAGAUGAUCGGACGAAAGAAUCAUGACAGUUAUCCAUGAGUGACAUUACAUGCAGUUUUUCCUAGUUCAAGAAUGUAAUAGAAUUGAAAUAAUUGAUAUUUAACAGUUAAACUUAGAGCUAAAAGGAUGUUUGAACUUAAACUAGCUUAAUCUAAACAUAACUAUUAUCACAGAUUUCUAUCACAGAUCGUAAGUAAUUAAUUAUUAUCGAUAUUCUUAGUUCUAACCUAAAUUAUUAUCACAGGAGCAAAACCGAACACAAAACGAAUAUGGAACAACCUAAAAAGUAGCUCAACACCGAAAAUUUUUAUAGCUUUCUCACACCACAAAAUUGAGUUUGUGAACUGCUCAGAAAAGUCGGACAGAGCUACUUGUUCCCGCAACAAACUAUAAAAAUUUUCGAUCCGAUGAACGCUGAAUCGAAAGAUUACUUCUCGGCAUCGCCGAAAUCAACGCGAGCAGGAGACUGCAGCAAUCAUUCGCGCCCUGCUUCGCACGACAAGAAUAAUCACGGUAAAUAUUCAACGCGAGCAGGAGACUGCGGCGGCAAUUCGCGCCCUGCCUCGUACGGGCAAAAUAGUCAUGGGGAGUAUUCACCAGUGAGCAACACCCAGGCAACACCCAGUCGAAGGUCUGCCCAUAUUGCCCUCCGCUUGCAACAGCUUCAGGAAGAGCGCGCAAUCCAGCAGCGCGAAUGGCAGGCCGAAAUGAAGGCAAUAGAGCAAGAGAGGAUUGCUCUAAAGGCAAAAUAUGACUUGCUGGAGCAAGAAUUGGCACUGCGUAGAAAAUCUGGCAAAUAUAAUCAUGACGUCAGUGGUGGAGUGAUCGCAGUGAAGCAAGACACAGUGCUCGGCGACCAAACAUCCUCACCUGACCAGAAGAAGACGAAUCUGAAUGGGCCAAUUGCCACCUUGAAGAAGCAGACACCGGUUGACCAGCCAGUGGAAACGCGGAAACAAUCGGUACAGCUGAUACAGAAAGAUGUCUCUGGCGAUCUGCGGAAAACAAGUGGAGUUCAGCUGCGAAUUAUCCGCGCGUACUCCAAAUGUAUUCAGAAGGGAAGGAACUUGACCAUCAAUUCCAGUUCAAUUGAUGACGUCAACGACGAAACUGCCGAUGGAGAUUUCGGAUCUACGAAGCAAAUUGCCACAGUUGAUACAGCGACAGCAACGUACCUUCGUGCGCGCGAACCAGAUGUGAAAGGGGAGCGGUUUCAAUGUGUGAUGGAUAGAUGUCGAGAGGUACACCGCAUCAACAACAAGACUCGGGAAAUGUUGCGAGUAUUUGUGAGAAAGAAAUUCACUUCGCCAACGAUCCAGCUUUGCAUCUUUAACAAACAUCUCUUCACUAACAUCUUUCAUCCCUCUGGUUACGCAUCGUUAAAUACCGAUGAGUUUUGGAAGCAACAAAUAACAAACACAUGCCAAACGAUAAAAAGCAGGAUGAAAUUAUUCAGCAUUCGGCUGAGUACACACACCGGGCAAGUGAGCAACGCUCGAUACUCAACUAUGCACUCAAUCGAAGUAUCAAUAGUGUUCGCUGACUUUCGAUCGACUAUUUUUUGGCUUAAGCUGAACAUAAACAAGCCGAUCGGGUUUGUCAAUGUCAGCAAGCUCUUCGUAUGCCAUCGUAUGUCACACAACAGCUUUGAAAACAAGAAACGAAAGUUUGUUGUGUGCAGUAAAUGUGUCGAUUUCGUCGAUUCGGUAUGUUUUCCCAUGGAUAUCCAUCAUGCACUGUUACAAUCAAACAGAACUCGCCACUUAGGCAACGGACUGGACUCGGACGUGGUAAACUACAAGAUGGUCUUCGAUGAGCUACAUACGCAUCUGAGGAUCGACAUCCACAACAAGGACUACAUUCUUCGUAAACUGGACACUUUCCUGUUGUUCAACAACUCCGCCGUUGAUGUCUGGUGUUAUCUUCUGGCUGAGCGCGGAAGCGGUAUGGCGAAAGCACACAUCUGCAACAUGACUGAUGAAAGCGUCGGUCAGAUGAGUUCAGUCAGUGUUUGGAGUAGUGUGAAGCUCCAAUUCGAGAUCGGAGGGAACCGAGGGAAGGACAUCGGCGAGACUGUCGUCCCACAGCGGAAAGCACGCUGCAACCAAUCAAUUUCCUUUAUCAAGAAUAGUCAAAACCUGCCCGAAGGCGAGGAGAGAGAUAGCCGCGAAGAAGAGCAGGGCACACUACCGCCGGUUCCAAUGCAGCCAGAAGAUCCCCCAGGUCCGAGCCAAAACAUGGGUCCCGGAGACCCCAACUUGAUGCCCGGUGAACCACCGCCUCCACCCGGUCAAGAGAACCUAAACGGUCUCCAGCGAGCCAUCGAUUCCAUGGAGGAGACGCGAUAUUCGCAACUGUUGGUCCUUCGUGCUACAUCGAAGCAACAGAACUUGAAUUCUUCCCAACUGCACCAGCUGCGUAGUCAACUCAUGGCCUACCUUUUGUUGGCAUGCCAGCGGUUGGGUGGAUCACCACCGCAAUAUUCAACGCUGCCGGCUAUCCCAUAUCCAGGAGGUCAACAAGGGGGACCAUCACCGCAACCGGGAAUGCAACAGCAGCAACCGCCUCAACCUGGCCCUCCACAGGGUCCACCGGAUAUACUGCCUGGAAAAUUCGGUUCUCUGGAACCGGGCAAGCCUGCUGCCGGUAGAAUGCCACCACGCCACCAAAGUCCCGUGGCUGGAAUGACUAUAGGAGGUCAACAACCUCCUUCUCAGCAGCAAAUGGUACCUAUUCAAACAAAACGACCCAGUUCUCAAGGACCCGCUGGAGCAGGACCUCGUACGGCUGCCCAGGCACCCGCAAUCCAACUAAAUCAAAAGCAGAAACGCGUUACAACCGUUGCCAAGUCAGUUGGCCUAGAUCCGAUCAUCAUUCUGGAAGAACGCGAGAAUCGAAUGCCUGCCCGAAUCGCUCUAAGAAUGGAAGAUUGCCGGAUCCAGACUCAGAUCGAGCUCCGGGCCGUGCGAGUUUUGAACAUCCUACGUCAGCUCCGGUUGGAAAUUGUCCAAUGCACCACGGAGACUGCCGUCAACGUCAAGACCUACGAGCAUACUAAGCGCCAAGGAUUAUGUGAAGCCCGAGCUACCGAGAAGCUUGAGAAACAGCAAAAGCUAAAAGCCGAGAGGAAGCAUAUGGAGAGCGGUGACAUUCAUCUGGAUAUGGACUGCGAAAUGCACGAUUGCUACGUAACAGUGGGUGAAAUUGCUUUCGGCAAGACGAUCGCCGGCGAUGCUGCUCCGUUUUUGCGCGAUUUGUACUACUUGUUGCAGAACCAUCACGGAUGGGAGUACGUUAUUUCGGAAGAUGAGGACUACGUCGUCGUCGACGACGAAGAUUUGGAUGAAAAGGAAAAGAAGAAGGUUAGUCAAGGCAAUCCACAGAAAUAUGUGUGCUUCGAGUUAGUGGAAAGAAUUCCAUCAAUAAUUGUAUUAACAUAGAGUAUAGCCAAA